GGCCGGGGCGGCGCGAGCCGGGUGUGUUUGCGGCGCGGCUCCGGCCCGGCGGCCCCGAGGCUCCAUCCGUUUCCCAUCCCUCCAUGAUGAGAGAGGCUUGGGUCCGGCUUUUCCCCUCUCCCUGUAGUUGAUGGUGUUGGAAGCAGAGGUGAUGCUGGAGGCGAGAUGGCAGACAGCGUGAAAACCUUCCUUCAUGACCUCGUCAGGGGAAUCAAGGAUUCCAUCUGGGGCAUCUGCACCAUCUCCAAGCUGGAUGCCCGCAUCCAGCAGAAAAGGGAAGAGCAGAAGCGGAGGAGAGCGAACAGCGCGCUCGCCCAGCGGAGGUUUCACAUGGAGGAGAGGAAGCAAGAGAACGAGCCCCGGAUCGUGAGCCGGAUAUUUCAGUGCUGUGCCUGGAAUGGAGGUGUUUUCUGGCUUAGUCUCUUCUUGUUUUACCGAGUGUUUAUACCUGUGCUUCAGUCGGUCACAGCUCAGAUCAUCGGUGACCCUUCCUUACACGGCGAUGUCUGGUCUUGGCUGGAGUUCAUUCUCACCUCCAUUUUCAGUGCCCUCUGGGUCCUUCCCCUGUUUGUGCUCAGUAAGGUCGUCAAUGCCAUCUGGUUUCAGGACAUUGCAGAUCUCGCAUUUGAAGUUUCUGGCAGAAAGCCUCACCCCUUCCCCAGUGUCAGUAAAAUCAUUGCCGACAUGCUGUUCAACCUCCUGCUGCAGGCGCUGUUCCUCAUCCAGGGGAUGAUUGUGAGUCUGUUCCCCAUCGAUGUGGUCGGCCAGCUGAUCAGCCUCCUGCACAUGUCCCUGCUCUAUUCUCUCUACUGUUUCGAGUACCGCUGGUUUAACAAAGGAAUUGAAAUGCACCAACGGUUGUCCAACAUUGAGAGAAACUGGCCCUAUUACUUUGGAUUUGGCUUACCACUGGCUUUCCUCACCGCAAUGCAGUCCUCCUAUAUCAUCAGUGGCUGCCUCUUUUCCAUCCUUUUCCCUCUGUUCAUCAUCAGCGCCAAUGAAGCAAAGACACCUGGCAAAACGUACCACUUCCAGCUCCGUCUCUUCUCCCUGGUGGUUUUCCUCAGCAACAGACUCUUCCACAAGACCGUUUACCUUCAGUCCACCCUGAGCAGCGCCUCUGCAGACAGGCUGCUCUCUCCCCAGCCGUCUCCUGCCAAACACAAGCCUGCUCCGGGGCACUGAACCACAGCCCAAAGGGGGGACAUGAUGCAGGCCGGGCCUCAGCUGCUAGAAACCUCCUGGGGAAAUGCAGGACCCAGCAUGGCGAGGCACUCGCGUGUUUUCCCACCACCAGAAGCCCCCCUGGGUGUUUCCAUGUCCCCCAUUGUGAGCAUGCAGGUGGAGAGCUUGGGAGAAGCGUGGAUUUUUAACACCUUUGUCAGAUACAAGAAGCCAGGUUCCCUGUGCUUGUUUUAUAGCAUGUUCCCAGCCCUUCCCUUGGACUGUUUUGUACUUCCUUCCUGUGCCAUCUCCCUCCCCUCAGAUGAGUGCUUUGUGGCCCCUGUUCUGCCCUAGCUUUGUGGGUAACCUGUGCUGUGUCUCCCUGUACCGUUGUCCUUUGUAUGUUGUAACUCAGGUCGGGGUUUUUGUAGUCCUGCUGUGCUGAGCAGCUCCCAGGGCUGUCAGCCCAGGAGGGGCAGCUCGGCCUCCCCGCCCCGCAGUGACCAGCUCUGGUCCCCGGUUGCGGACAGCCCCAUGACAAGUGCCACCUUCCAGGGCUCAGUACGGGAGGGCACCGUCCUGCAGAGAGGGAGCCAGCUCCACGCCAUGGCCACCAAACGCUCGGGGUUUUUACAUCUCUGAAAUUGCAAAGGGAAAUUGCUUAAACAAGGUCAGGAACCGAAAUGGAAACUCGGGAAACGCAUUAAAUCUGGGGUUGGGUAUGAGGUUUUUUUGGGUUUUCGUGCAUUUUUCAUUUCUGUUGUGGCCAUUAAGCUACUUGUGAGCAGCACCUGGCUGGGCGUUUUCCAUGGACACAGGGAUGCGUCACCGCAGUGGCUCCACACGCUGUUCUGCUGUACCCAGAGCAGGGCUGUUGGUUUUCGGUUGUAGCGGUGGCCGCGCUGCUUUGUCCACGUGCGUGGGUGUGGCUCUGUGCGCGGUCCGUCCCGCAGUGCGUUCCAGAUGCACAGCGCUGCCUCUCCACUGCCCCGUGGUUUUUCACAACAGGGGUCAGGCUUUGGAGAAACAAACUUGUUCUCGAGUAUUUUCACACUGAAAUGUUAAAUGAAAAAAAAAAAUCGAGUUUCAGCCA